AUGACGGCGCGGGCACUUGGGACAUAUGAUGGGGGGAUUCCAGAGCCAUAUACGUAUAGCUGUUAUGGAAAACAGUGCCCAUGGCCAGGUUCUUCUUGCCCAUCUUCUUCUUUACCGCGGCUGGCUCGGAACAAGCCCGGGUGCUAUAUGCAAUGCCAGCCAUGGACUUUGCUGCGGGAACCUGUGACCGACACCACUGGCACGUCGCCGAUUCGACAUGCAAGCCAACUUCAACCUGCAGCCGGGUCCUGGGCAUAUCCCCUCCCACCGCGCGCUGUGGUCGGGGACCCACGGCUCUGGCAGCACCUCCGGCAUCAAUAG